AGAAAUCUGAUCCACCGAUGCUAAUAUCCUGUCUUGCCACGCUUCUUUUUAUCCAUUCCCAUAGAUCAUAUGUUCGUUCUGCACGUGCUGUGGAAAACUAAGAAAGACGAUGUGGUUUGAUGAGCUUUACUACUAUAAAUAUUGCCUCAUAACUCGUCUUUCAAUCAUUAAUUCAAUCAGCCAACAUUUUAGUUACUCUAGGAAGGAAAUAUAUAAUUCUAGGAGAAAAUGGAAGGAAAAAUUCCUGCUCUUAGCACUGUGAUGAUCGGUGUACUUCUAGUUGGAUUCUUCCUAGCACAAUCUCCUGUUGAAGCUGACACCAGUUGCUGCAAGGACGCCACCGCAAGAAACUGCUUUCUUCGCUGCCGUUUAGUGCCGACGGGUUGUGCAGUAAGAUGCACUUGUAUAAUUAUUUCUGGGACCGAGUGCCCUGAAGACUACCCUAACAUGGGUAAAUUUCUGAACACGGAAGCUGGUAAUGAAGCGACCACUCAAGAAGAAUAUGCGCCCGAAGAAUAUCCUCCCGAUAACUCCUACGGGACACCGUAAGUGAACCCAUGAGAAGCUGGGAAAGAAGCGACGGAAGAUGCAACAAGAAAUCUGAUACUGUCUAGCUAGGUUGUUGUGUGUUUCAUGUUUUUGCAUGCUAAAUAACUGUCAUGUGAUGACCGACCAGUCAGUUUCUUCGUAUUUAAUUAUAUCAUUUACUUCCGUAUGUAUGGAAGAGUAUGGAUUGUAAUCAAUAAGAACUAUUGUACAACGUUUCCACGUAUUGACAUGGGCAUAGAUUCUCAGAUCAUUUCUAGUA